GGAGGCGGCGGGAAGAUGGCGGCUCCCGUCAGCUCGGCUCCCGCCCCGCGCAGGCCCCGCCAUGAAGCUGGUCAUCCUGGAGACGUACGCGCAGGCCAGCGAGUGGGCCGCCAAGUACAUCCGCAACCGCAUCGUGCACUUCGCGCCCGGGCCCGGCCGCUUCUUCACGCUGGGGCUGCCCACAGGCAGCACGCCGCUGGGCUGCUACAGGAAGCUGGUGGAGUACUGCCACAACGGGGACCUCUCCUUCCAGUACGUGAAGACCUUCAACAUGGACGAGUACGUGGGUCUCCCGAGGGAUCACCCGGAAAGUUACCAUUCCUUCAUGUGGAAUAACUUCUUCAAGCACAUCGACAUCUCGGCAGAAAACGUUCACAUUCUGGAUGGGAACGCCCCGGAUCUGCAGGUGGAGUGCGACGCCUUUGAGGAGAAAAUCAAGGCAGCCGGAGGAAUCGAGCUCUUUGUGGGAGGUAUUGGCCCAGAUGGUCACAUUGCCUUCAACGAGCCUGGCUCAAGUUUGGUAUCCAGGACACGAGUGAAGACCUUGGCUAUGGACACGAUACUGGCCAACGCCAGGUUCUUUGAUGGUGACCUCUCCAAAGUCCCCACAAUGGCUCUGACGGUCGGAGUAGGCACGGUCAUGGAUGCCAGAGAGGUUAUGAUUCUUAUCACAGGAGCCCACAAAGCCUUUGCUUUGUACAAAGCAAUUGAGGAAGGUGUCAACCACAUGUGGACAGUAUCUGCUUUCCAGCAGCACCCCAACACUGUGUUUGUGUGUGAUGAGGACGCCACGCUGGAACUCAGAGUUAAGACUGUGAAAUACUUUAAAGGUUUAAUGCUGGUUCACAACAAGCUUGUGGAACCGUUAUACAGCAUGAAGGAGACUGGAGAAGAAAAAAGCCACUCCAAGAAGCCAUACAGCGAUUAAUAAGACUGCUCAGAGAGGUGCUGAACCAGCUUUCCUGCUG